AUGACAUUAGUUCUGGGACUGAAGACUCUGUGGCUUUUGGCGUUCGGCUCCCUUUCCAACACGCUGGCGGUUAAUAACAGUGGGAGAUGGUGGGGCAUUGUAAACAUUGCUUCCUCCUCCAACUUGCUGACCGACUCCAAGUACGUCCAGCUGGUUUUGGACCCGAGCCUACAGCUGCUGAGUCGAAAGCAACGGAAACUGAUUCGCCAGAACCCGGGCAUUCUGCACAGCAUCACCGGGGGAGUGCAGUCCGCCAUCAGGGAGUGCAAGUGGCAAUUCCGCAACCGACGCUGGAACUGUCCAACCAGCCAGAGCUCCAACAUCUUUGGCAAAAUCGUUAACCGAGGUUGCAGAGAAACCGCUUUUAUCUUCGCCCUGACCAGCGCGGCGGUAACGCAUUCCGUGUCCCGCUCCUGCUCCGAAGGCUCCAUUGAGUCGUGUACCUGCGACUACCGGCGGCGGGGACCGGGCGGGACCGACUGGCAUUGGGGCGGCUGCAGCGACAACAUCGACUUCGGCCGCGUCUUCGGCCGCGAGUUCGUGGACUCAAGCGAAAGGGGCCGGGAUCUGCGCUAUCUGACCAACCUGCACAAUAACGAGGCGGGCAGACUGACAGUCCAUGCCGAGAUGAGACAGGAGUGUAAGUGCCAUGGGAUGUCUGGCUCUUGCACGGUUAAAACCUGUUGGAUGCGGCUCCCCACCUUUCGGACGGUGGGUAAUUUGCUGAAGGACCGGUUUGAUGGAGCCUCCCGAGUGAUCUACAGCAACAAGGGCAGUAACCGGGCUUCCCGAGCGGACAUGCGGCACCUGGAGCCCGAGAACCCCGCUCACAAGCCGCACUCCCCCCAAGACCUGGUCUACUUCGAGAAGUCGCCCAACUUCUGCACUGCAAAUAGCAAAAUAGGCACCACAGGUACCACAGGCCGAGUUUGCAAUAACACCUCCCUGGGUCUGGACGGCUGUGACUUACUGUGCUGUGGGAGGGGAUUCCGCACCCUGACCGAGAGGGUCACCGAGAGAUGUCACUGCACUUUCCAUUGGUGCUGCCAUGUCAGCUGCUUAAACUGUACAACGACACAAACGCUGCAUGAGUGCCUCUGA